AUGGGUCUUUGUGGAUCAAAAGAGUCGGAAAAUCGAGAGGCCAUCACAAAGGUAACAGGCAGAAGACUUGGUGAGGGAAAUAGAAAGGUGAGAAAUGACAUUAAAUACACAAAGCAGGCACAUGCAAAGGUAAAUAAUCGCAUAAAGCCGAUUAAAGGUGAGCGUCUAGGGGGAUCUUCAGAAGAUAGUAAUGAAGACAAGGAGCAUCCAGACAACAACAACAACUCAGCAAAGAGUAUGGCUGCACAGGCAGCGGCUAGACGAAUGCAAGAGAAAAAGACAAGAAACGAAAAAGGGACUUUGGGGAAAAAACUAGCGGAGCAAAACCAUAAAAAAGCCAAGGAUAUAGCUUUAGAGGAGUAUAAUCAGAAGAUAUCAAGGCAGAAUGAGAUUUUAUACGACUAG